ACCCUCCGAUCAUCCGUCCGCAGCGACCGGCGACCUGAGGCCGGGGCGCUUUGGGGCAACGAACGUGUGGGGUGAAGGGAACCGAGAAAGAAAGCAGAAAGCAUUUAUUGAAAAUAGUUGGUACCUCUGCAGUGAUCCACCAUGGGGGAGCUUUUCCGGAGUGAGGAGAUGACGCUGGCACAACUUUUCCUACAGUCAGAAGCUGCUUACUGUUGUGUCAGUGAGCUGGGGGAGCUUGGAAUGGUUCAGUUUCGAGAUUUAAAUCCGGAUGUGAAUGUAUUUCAACGCAAAUUUGUAAAUGAAGUUCGUCGUUGUGAAGAAAUGGAUCGCAAACUCCGUUUUGUUGAAAAGGAAAUUCGAAAAGCAAACCUUACCAUUUUGGACACUGGAGAGAAUCCUGAGGUUCCUUUUCCUCGUGACAUGAUUGAUUUAGAGGCAACCUUUGAAAAACUGGAAAAUGAAAUGAAGGAAAUUAAUACUAACCAUGAAGCAUUGAAACGUAACUUUCUAGAGUUGACUGAAUUGAAAUACAUUCUUCGUAGAACUCAGCAGUUCUUUGAUGAGGCUGAAUUGCAUCAUCAGCAGAUGUCUGAUCCAGACCUACUUGAAGAAUCGUCUUCUCUGCUGGAGCCAAGUGAACUAGGACGAGGUGCCCCGCUCAGACUUGGCUUUGUGGCUGGUGUAAUCAACCGAGAGAGGCUCCCUACUUUUGAGAGGAUGUUGUGGCGAGUAUGCAGAGGAAAUGUUUUUCUUCGUCAAGCUGAAAUUGAAAAUCCCUUGGAAGACCCUGUAGCUGGCGGUCAGGUGGACAAGUCUGUUUUCAUAAUUUUCUUUCAAGGUGACCAAUUGAAAAACAGGGUGAAGAAAAUUUGUGAAGGGUUCAGAGCCUCCCUGUAUCCCUGCCCAGAAACUCCGCAUGAGCGAAAGGAAAUGUUAGCUGGUGUCAACACACGAAUCGAUGAUCUUCAAAUGGUUUUAAAUCAGACGGAGGAUCAUCGUCAGAGGGUUCUGCAGGCAGUUGCCAAGAGUAUUCGUGUGUGGUUUAUUAAAGUGCGGAAAAUGAAAGCGAUCUAUCACACUCUGAAUCUCUGCAACAUUGAUGUCACACAAAAAUGUUUAAUUGCAGAAGUCUGGUGUCCAGUUUCAGAUUUGGAUUCAAUUCAGUUUGCCCUACGGAGGGGUACAGAACGUAGUGGAUCUACAGUCCCGUCCAUCUUGAACAGGAUGCAAGCUAGCCAGAUUCCACCAACUUACAACAAAACCAAUAAAUUUACAUCUGGAUUUCAAAACAUAGUGGAUGCAUAUGGAAUCGGAACUUACAGGGAAAUUAAUCCUGCACCAUAUACAAUUAUAACCUUUCCCUUCCUCUUUGCUGUUAUGUUUGGGGAUUUUGGCCAUGGUGUUCUGCUGACUUUAUUUGCUGUGUGGAUGGUUUUGAGGGAAAGCCGCAUAUUGUCACAGAAGAACGAAAACGAGAUCUUCAGCACAGUUUUCAGUGGACGCUACAUUAUUUUGCUCAUGGGAGUUUUCUCUGUGUAUACGGGACUUAUAUACAAUGACUGCUUUGCAAAGACUCUCAAUAUGUUUGGUUCAGCAUGGAGUGUGAGACCAAUGUUCACACCACACGGAAACUGGACGGAUGAAACUCUUCUAGGCAAUCGAAAUCUCCAGCUAGACCCUGCUCACCCCAAUGUCUUUAAAGGGCCAUAUCCUUUUGGAAUUGAUCCAAUAUGGAGCAUUGCGACAAACAAACUUACAUUUCUAAACUCCUUCAAAAUGAAGAUGUCUGUGAUUUUGGGUGUCAUCCAGAUGACCUUUGGAUUGUCUCUUAGUCUCCUGAAUCAUAUAUAUUUUAAAAAGCCUCUGAACAUCUACUUUGGCUUUAUUCCCGAAAUAGUGUUUAUGUUAUCUUUGUUUGGCUACCUUGUUAUUCUUAUCUUCUACAAGUGGAUUGCUUAUGAUGCCAUCACAUCAAAAGAAGCUCCCAGUCUUCUCAUCCACUUCAUCAAUAUGUUUCUAUUCAGCUACAACGAUAAAAACAUGAAGUAUCUAUAUAAGGGGCAGGCCGGUUUGCAGACCUUCUUGGUAAUUGUAGCACUGCUGUGUGUUCCAUGCAUGCUUGUGGUGAAACCAUUGGUGCUGCGUCAUCAGUAUUUGAGGAGAAGGAAUUUGGGAACGCACAACUUUGGUGGCAUACGAGUUGGGAAUGGACCAACUGAAGAGGAUGCUGAGAUAAUCCAACAUGACCAACUUGAUACCCAUUCAGAAGAUGGUGAAGAACCAACUGAGGAACAAUUGUUUAACUUUGGCGAUGUUGCAGUCCAUCAGGCCAUCCAUACAAUCGAGUACUGCUUGGGAUGUGUUUCUAAUACUGCCUCCUACUUGCGAUUGUGGGCACUCAGUCUGGCUCAUGCGCAGCUCUCUGAAGUGUUGUGGACUAUGGUCAUGCGCGUUGGACUAUCAAUAAACAACUUUGGUGGAUCUAUUGCCUUGGUCUUCAUAUUUGCUGGUUUUGCUGUAUUGACAAUCGCAAUUCUGCUCAUCAUGGAGGGUCUCUCUGCAUUUCUGCAUGCCCUUCGUUUGCACUGGAUCGAGUUCCAAAACAAAUUCUACUCUGGUUCUGGUUAUAAGUUUGUUCCCUUCUCCUUCGAAAGCAUUCUUGAAGGACGUUUCGAAGAGUGAAGAGCAUCCGUGUUAAAUCUCAAGAUGUGUGUUGUCGGUGUAAGAAUUGUGAUGUUGUAUAGAUCAUUUAGUUGUCUGUAUCUUAGCACAAUGUUACAGGUGGUGUGCUGAGUUUCUGCAUGCACUGAAAGCAAAUCGUCUUGCGUCAAUGAAUGUAAUUGUGAAUUGUGACUCUUGUAAAUAAAUUUCUGAUUCAACUCAGCGUUCACUUAAUGGUUUCUUGUAAUGUAAUUAUCCCAUUUUGCAAAUGUGUAUUGUGUUCUUGUGGAUAAGCUACUCUCUUGUUUGUUUAUUUGGGGAAGGUGAAGACCAAUGCUCAGUAUUGCUGUGUUCUGGCCCCUCUAUUUGGGCAGCAUGGGAAUGUCCAGAAUUGCAACUGGCUUCUGAUUUAUUUAUUUAGUUUCAUGUUGUGAAUUGAAGAGAGGACAGUUGGCCUUCAAUCGAAGCGGGCAGAUACAUCUGAAAAAUGCAGCAUUUGAAAGAUUUCAGUCUUCAAAUUAUUAAAAGCACUAUAAAUGUAGUAACUUUUAUUAAUAUAGGCUUUGGGUGCAGGAAGCACAAGGUGGAGUGUGACUGAUGAGGUGAAAGUCGAGUGCAUGAAGCAGGAUGGGUGCAGGAAAUGUUUGGGAAGUGAGUUUCUCUUGUUUUUAAACUCGCUCCAAAGGGAAGUCAUUCUGCGCGUGUGUUCAGAAUGCCCACCGGUAGUAGAGAAGUCGGUGGUCGCUCUGUGUUGAAAGUCCAGCAAUUGUUUCUGAAUACUUGCAAAUUGUUGCAACUAGGGGAAAAUCGUUGCGCUCAUUGAAUGAUUUUACUUAUUAUCUUUGAUGCUUUUUUCUUCUGAAGAAAAUUCCAAGGAUCAAUUCUGAUUGCUCCUCCCCUCCAACUCCCCAUGCACCCCAUUAGAUCUCUGCAUCUGAGUUCAUUGAACGGACUAUCUGAUUUCCAUGUUGUUUCUAAUCAUUGUUCAAGUGACUACGUUUUUUGAUGUGGCUCGUGUCUCUUUCUUUCUUAAUGCCUUUGCCUAGUAUAAUGUGAACCUCUUGUUAAUUUAAGGUAUCAAUUGACCUUUAUUCACUUGCUUCUAAAGGAAACAAAAUGAAGAGUAUAAGCCUGAAAGUUGCCAUAUUCUUUAGCCUUAGCUGAGGUUUAUCGCAGUUCAUUGCAGUUGUUGCAAGAUUCUGGUUUUCUGGGAGUUGACCUGAAAAAACAAACAAAUUGUUUAAUAGUCCAGAUUGCUAACAAUGAACCACAAAUAAAUUUGUUGUGACAAAUUUAGGUUCACUGCAUAUCUCCUCUGAUUAGGGAUUGAUGCCAUCCAUCAUUCAUAAAUAUUUGCCUGACUUGGACUGGUAUUAAAACAUAGAAAAUAAGUGCCGGAGGAGGCCAUUUGGCUCUUCGAGCAUUGUGACAUGCCAGGCUGUCCAAGCAUCAGUGAAUACCUUGGAGAUGAUGUCCCAGUGCUGCUGAUUUACAAUGCGGUUGUCAGAUCCUCGGUAUGUAUGUUGCAUCCAUUGCAAAGAUUACAGGACAGCAUCACUGAGACGCUGGUCAUUGGAAUGUGAGUGUUUUCAUGCAUUAAUUCACAAAUCUCUUGUGACCAUUUGAAGUCCUGACUUGGAUUGAGGAAUUGGGUUUGAACCUGGUUUCCUAUCUAUAAUAUGAUGCCCACAUGUAGUUCCACUUGCUGGGGCUUACUAAUCAGAUCUAAGAUGAAGCUGCCAUAAUUUGUCAUUGCUUUCAAUAAGUUAGUGUAAUUCCUGCUUGUUCCUCUCCUGACCAUACAGACUGAUUGGGAUACUUUUUAAAAGGCAGCUGUCUAUUUUUGUCCAAUUUAUGAUCUUCAUUUCAGAAAAUGUGCAGAGUUUUCUCAAUAGCUGGAAAUUAAAUAUCUGAUUUAAACCUCAUUUGCAGCUGAAUUUAGGCUUUGGCUUUCCAUCAAGAUCUAGCACAUUAUCCUGGACUAUAGUGGAUGUUAGUUAAGUCUCUGUUUAAAUCACUAUCUUCAUCUUUAACAUUGUGCAUAACUCUGUGGGUGUGAAUACUAAAUAUUGAAAAUGCUUUUGCAGUCGUAUGUAUUAUAACAUGCCGGAUGUUUCUCAAUGCUGUGUAGAAAGUGCAGUAGAAUUAAAGCUACAUGUCUCCACAUAUUUUUUUAAAGAUUUGCAUUAAAGGUUUGCAUAUCCUGAAAUAUUUGGAUCAAUGUAGCUUUUUUUCACUUUAUUGUCAUUUCUUACUUUAGAAUUAGUUCCUAUUCGACUUUGGUGUGUAUUUACCCACAAUGAAUGUAUUAAUAAGCUUUCCCACUGUGACUGUUGAUCUGUUGUACAAUGAUCAUGCUAUGUAUAGUAAUAAAUUGAAGCACAGAGAUUUAAAAAAUCUAUAUAUAGGGAUUUUCUGAUCAGGGCAAAUUAGUUUCUUAUUUUAUCAGUGUAUUCCAAUAUGGGCAAAUGGUAAUUACUUGAUUUGAGCUUCACCAACAAUUUUUUUACUAUAAUGCAUUCAAACAUUUGAUUUGCACUGGCUAAUGUCUUUUGAUCCAGGUUGACAGUGUGACAUCGAUUUCAACCAUCAAUGUUUCAAAUUGCUACUCCAUUCUGUUUCAUAGGGCAUUAAAUUCCAACUUUAAAAUGUUGUAAUUUCUUUAGAACUUUCUGUAAUUUCUGAAUGACAGUAACCUGCUUGUUUGGUAAUGCUUCCCUGUUGAGACUUGUUUCCAUGUUGUGACUGUUUACAGUGUGUGAUGUGUGCUCACCUGAGGCUGAGGCUUCAUUGUCAUUUGCGAAAUAUUCCAAUCUGGUUGAUGUGUAAAGAUUCGGUGUGUAUAAUUUCAAUGUAUAUUUAAACACAGAAUAAAAGUCUGGUGAAGUAUGUAAAAACA